AUGCCCCGCAAUACUUCAUUCGCGUCUCCAGGGCGUCUGUCGCCAUUUGCCAGGCAUGUAGGCGUUCACCUCGACCAUGACACAGUCCAGGGCCCGCUGUCCUUUUUCAACCCAACGCGAGCGCGCUUCCAUCUAGACGAUCAGGCGCAGCUUCAUCCUGAGUUGAUCGAUGACAAGCUUCCGCAUGCACACGCAACACAAAUUGCGUUGCCCGCGUUCCUCAAUUGGCGAUCUCGAGACAAUCGCAAAGGAAGACACCCCCUUGGAGUGGACGCUUCCUACCCAGAGUCCACAGCAAGCUUCCGCGCCGUCGGCCGUGGCCUGUUGCGCAUGUGCACUGAAUAUCCGUACUGGGACAUUUCGUACCUGAUCGCCGUGUUUUUCACCAUCGGAUCCUUGCUUUUCGUCGUCAGUGGCCUGUUCUACUGGCUGCCGCUCGUAGCUCCCAGCUCUCAGUUUUCCACAGAGGCCACGGCCGGCGAUGCACUCUCAUUUGUCGGAGCCACUCUCUUCCAGGUUGGAGCUGUGCUUCUCGUCUUUGAAGCGUGCAACGAGAACCAAACGGGGUGUUUUGGAUGGGCCCUCCACCAGGUCCUCUCAGAAGAGGAUAGAAGGGUGUUGGCCAAGGUUGACGUGCAUAGCUGCAAGCACCACCACCAGGAUAUGCUCCAGGCGGAUUCAACGAAACAGAGGCAAAAGCAGCAGCUUCAGACAGACCGCAAAUGGACCUGGUGUCCAUCCUGGUUCGAGCUGAGGACACAUUAUUUCCACGAGAUUGGAUUUGUGGCCUCUGUUGCAAUGUCUGUCGGUGCCACCAUCUUCUACGUCUGCGGCAUCUGCACACUCCCGCCGAUAUAUAACAACAUGAGCAAGGGUGCUCUCGAGGGCGUGUACUAUCUGACCUAUCUUGUUGGCGGGGUCUUCUUUGUCAUUUCCUCGGUCUUGUAUGUGCUCGAGACCCAGCCGACUUGGUAUACCCCGUCGCCGCAUCUGCUGGGAUGGCAUAUUGGGGUGUGGAACCUGAUCGGCUCCGUGGGCUGGACCCUGGCGGCUUCGUUUGGUUACUGCAGCUCUAGCUGGUGCAGCUAUCAGAGCUACUUGACCCUGUUCUGGGCUUCGGUCGCGUUUUCGAUUGGCAGCAUUCUAUUAUGGUACGAGGCGCUCCUGAAGUAUCCCGUUGAGAAGACAAGGUAG